CUCAGAGCAGUGCAGACUGUCUGCAGCCAGUCGACUCUGUCUGUCUGUGUCAGUCAGUAGGUCAGCAGCGCCUCUUGAUCUCUGCCAACGCUUUACUUUCACCACCAACCAACCACCAUCCAUCAUGAGGGAAAUCGUGCACAUCCAGGCCGGCCAGUGCGGGAACCAGAUUGGUGCAAAGUUCUGGGAGGUGAUCAGCGAUGAGCACGGCAUCGACCCAACAGGAACCUACCAUGGAGACAGCGAUCUGCAGCUGGACAGGAUCAGUGUGUACUACAACGAGGCCACUGGUGGGAAGUAUGUGCCCCGAGCCAUCCUUGUUGACCUGGAACCAGGCACCAUGGACUCAGUCCGCUCUGGACCUUUUGGACAAAUCUUCAGGCCUGACAACUUUGUUUUUGGUCAAAGUGGAGCAGGAAACAACUGGGCCAAAGGUCACUACACGGAGGGGGCCGAGCUGGUGGAUUCAGUCCUGGAUGUGGUGAGAAAAGAGGCUGAAAGCUGUGAGUGUCUGCAGGGUUUCCAGCUCACGCACUCCCUGGGAGGAGGCACCGGCUCCGGCAUGGGCACCCUGCUCAUCAGCAAGAUCAGGGAGGAGUACCCUGACCGCAUCAUGAAUACCUUCAGUGUGGUUCCCUCUCCAAAGGUCUCGGACACAGUGGUUGAGCCGUACAACGCCACGCUGUCCGUCCACCAGCUGGUAGAAAACACAGACGAGACCUACUGCAUUGACAACGAAGCCCUUUAUGACAUCUGCUUCCGCACUCUCAAACUCACUACGCCCACCUACGGCGACCUCAACCACCUGGUCUCGGCCACCAUGAGCGGCGUGACCACCUGUCUGCGUUUCCCCGGCCAGCUCAAUGCUGAUCUGAGGAAACUGGCCGUCAACAUGGUGCCCUUCCCCCGUCUCCACUUCUUCAUGCCUGGCUUUGCCCCUCUGACCAGCAGGGGGAGCCAGCAGUACCGUGCCCUGACGGUGCCAGAGCUCACCCAGCAGGUGUUUGACGCCAAAAACAUGAUGGCUGCCUGCGACCCCCGCCACGGACGCUACCUGACGGUGGCCGCCGUGUUCCGCGGCCGCAUGUCCAUGAAGGAGGUGGAUGAGCAGAUGCUGAACGUCCAAAACAAGAACAGCAGCUACUUUGUGGAGUGGAUCCCCAACAACGUCAAGACGGCCGUCUGCGACAUCCCGCCACGCGGCCUCAAGAUGGCCGUCACCUUCAUCGGCAACAGCACCGCCAUCCAGGAGCUGUUCAAACGCAUCUCUGAGCAGUUCACCGCCAUGUUCCGCCGCAAGGCCUUCCUCCACUGGUACACCGGCGAGGGCAUGGACGAGAUGGAGUUCACCGAGGCGGAGAGCAACAUGAACGACCUGGUCUCCGAGUACCAGCAGUACCAGGACGCCACGGCCGAGGAGGAGGGAGAGUUUGAGGAAGACGUGGAAGAGGAUGCCUAAAGAAGUAACAAGAAAAUGAUGUAACAUGAGCUGGAGAAUAAGGAGAAUAUAAUAACCAAUAAGAAAAAAAAAAUCUAGAAAAAAAGAAACAAUAUUGUGAUAUGAAAUGAAGGAAUUUGGCAGAUUGGAUAAGUAAGGCUGGUUAGAGAAGUAUGGGAGUCUGAAUUGGUUAAUGGAGGAUGGAAACUAUGUGAAGACAAAAUAAUAAAAGAUGAAUGUAGGCAGAGAAGUGAAAGAGUAACAGGAUCAAAAUGACAAGACCAAACUAAUGUGCCAUGGUUUACAGUUUAUUGUGACGCCAUGUUGGGCGGUUUCACCAAGACUAGCCUCACAAAAUCUUUUCAAUUUUUUUUACACUAAGAUCUUGUCUUGCAGCAAAUGCACAAAACAGAAGCACUUCUUACACUUCCCUUUCAUCACGUAGGGUUAUAUUUGACUCGAAAACAAACUUCUACGAGGGACAGAAUCAAUGAAGUAAUCAUGGCGGCGGCUUUUUAUUGUAGCAUUAAUUCCACCUUGAACAAAAGUGUUAAAUGGUUAAAGGACAUGCAAUAUUACACUUACAUUCAUUCACACCGAAAUGCAAACAAGCUUGUCAUUUUUUGCCAAAUACAGUAUUAUUGACAUUACAUCUUGCACGAGAAACAGUAUUUUGCAGACAGAAAAUGUAAUCAAUGUGCUUCUUCACUGAUAAUAGAGUGAGUGAUGUAGUAAGUUAGCAGCUAUUCCAGGAUUAAAGCAUUUAAGGUGAAGUCAAAGAAAGUCAAGUGUUAGAAUCCCUAUAACUGUGGCUGUAGUCAUUUUUCAAACCAUGCCAUUAUCAGUGUUUAUUGUUUUUUUCAGUGUUUAUUGCCAUUUUUAUCAGCUUUGAAGAGCCUCUCUCAUAGAUAAAUGUGACUUGUUUUGGUAGUAGGUGGGACUGUUUCCAUACUCAAAGUAGAUUGAUCAGAAAUACAUUCUGACUGACUUUGUCACGUCUUUCUGAAGACUGUGGGUGAGAUAAGAGAACACAUUCUGGUGCGAUUCAGUCUUUUGCUGGCAGAGUAAUUUAAUUCCAGAGAUCAGGGUUUUUCUAAGUCAACAUCCAAGUAAAAGACCCUCUUUGCAUUUCUGUUAGACACACGGAAAUAGUUCAUUCAUGAUAUUAACUGUUUAUGGAGAAGAAAACGUGUCUCAAUCAGCUGAAGGCACCUAUCACUUACAACUUCACUUACAACUUCCCAUUAUCUGUGUUAUAGAUAUAAUUAAGACAAGUUUUUUUGUUGCAGAGCCUGCAACCAAUUCAACAUCACGUAACCGUAAUUUCAAAUUCUGUAAAGUUUUCAGAGGUGUGUUUCAUUGAACUCCUGACAGACAAAUCAACUUUACCGAGAUUCAUUGUCACUGUUUUAUCACAACAGCAGCAGUAGAAGGAUUAUUCUCAGACGCCAGCCAACGUCAUGAGGAGGAUCGCACACUGCAAAUGUCCUGAGCCCAGAUCAGGUCUUGAUCUGUUGUCCGUUCCCCGAUAUGUUC